CGCAGCAUUCUUGCCAAUAAUUCUCUUGUACUUGGUAUGAUAUGAAUCUGCUUUGCCAAACUCUAAUAAUUCAUAUCUCUUGUGGAGUGUAGUCUCUCUAUAUGGACAGACAAACUGUACAUAUCCGUGUAUCAUAUCAUCUAUUACAGCGUAACAGAUAUAUAAUAUUUCUUGUGAGUCUACUAAGCUUUGUAGACAAUCUUCUGUCAUUAACUUCAAGUCUUGAUCUGCUGGAUCCACCAUUGCUUUGAAUAUAUAGAACUCCUUCAUCUUCUGGAAUUUAUAAGCUGUAUGAUAGUUUGUAAGCGUGUUUACGGUAUGAUAACAUUCGACAGAAUGAAGCUCGAUGGUCUAUUUCCCUGGUACUGUACCGAAAAAUAACUUUUUCAAUCAAUCUGCUUUCUGAUUGGUUAAUACAAAGUAGGCGUGGUUUAAAUGCGACAUUCUGAUUGGUCAAAACAUUUUGAGCUAGAUAUGGCGUGCGCGGAUGGUCUAAACUCUCAUUCUGUAUCAGAAUGAUGAACAGAUCAGCCGCAGAAUUACUGAGCACAUUAAUGACAAAGAGCCGUCAACAAGCAAUGGAAACAUUUGUGUUAUACAAGCGAAGAGGCCUCAUAAGAAGAGCUCAGAACUUGAUCGAAAACAUCGAUAACGUCGUUACUUGCAUCAACCUGGAUCGAGGACGAGAUCCUUCCUUGUUCAAGAGUAGCAUGUCGGCGCUAUCCAAACUGAACUUGUGGGAAAACGAGAUCAGAGAGGCAACGAAUGACAAAGAUAUGCCAGACAUCAUAUCAGCUGCGAGGUUUCUCUUGGAAAACCAAGGCUUGCUGAUGGAUGAAAUUGACAAUAGUGACAGAGCAAAGAGACAGUUGCUUCCGACAGAUAUUAUCGCAAUAGAUAGUGAUGAAGAAGAAGAAGAUGAUGAUGAUGAUCUACCAGAUAUAAUUAGUCCGACUUUAAUGAGAACACCUACGUGUACUUUGAAGUCAAAAAGUCCCGUAAAAGGCAUCAAAGGACUGCAUAGGCUGAAACCGUACUCAAGGCCUACAUCAACUGUUACAAGUGCAAGCAGCACAAGCAGUACAUUGUCAGAAACGGCUUGGGAAAAGAGGGAAAAUGAGAUGCUGGUGGCUCAUCAGAGAGAACUGUCUAAAGCUAAGCAAGAGGCAAGGGACGAACUGUUAUUAUGCAUUAUAUGUCUGUCAGCCGAGAAAGAUCACACACUAGUGCCUUGCGGACACACCUUUUGUAAAGACUGUUCACAUGAGAGUAAAGCUAAGGGAAAGUGCUUCUUUUGCAUGGCCAAAGUAAAAUCGUGUGUAAAAAUGAGACUGACAGACUAAAUGACUGACAGAUGCUAUUCAUUCUUGUCUUAUCAUGAUGGCAAUAAAAUGCUAACAUAUU